AUGCAUGAAAUAAUUACAAUUUCAGUAUCUCAUCGAGCUAACCAUUUAGCAACACAAUUUUUCAAUUGCCAAGAGGCAUCGUUAUAUGAUAAUAAGAAUGAUAGUGAAAAGUCGAUAUUUUUGAAUCCCAUUGUCGAUAGACUGUCCAAGACUGUAUCUUAUUAUCCUAGAGCACUGUUAUGGGAUGCGAAGACUGGUACUGGUUCUCUGGGGAAACAUCAAUAUUUCAAUGAGGAUGAUUACUAUAAUUUCGAUGAUGGUGAUAAUAAUAAUGUUGAAAAAAACGAAAGUAGUGAUAUUAUGAUUACUCAUCCUAGGAUAAAUAGAUCAGAAUAUCAGAUGGCAUUGGAUUCCGGUUCUAAAUUACCGGUUUUAACCCCUUCAAUUACAAGAUAUUGGUCAGAUUAUUCGAAAUUGAUUUAUCAACCAAAAAGUUUAAAUACUUUAAGAAAUUGGUACCAUGAUGUAGAAGAACCAAACCUACCUGAUUAUGAGAACUUGGGAGAAAGGAAAUUCAACGAUUACAUAAUAGGUUACGAUGAAUUCAAUGAUAAUUACAGCAUGGAUUUCUUCGAUGAUAAUUUUCAUUAUCAAUUAGAACAAUGUGAUUCUCUUCAAGGGUUUCAAAUGAUUACUGAUUUAGACUCUGCAUGGGGAGGAUUCUCAACUGCAUUACUUUUAGAAUUGAGAAAUGAACUGCCUAAAUCUGUAGUAUACACUUGGGGUUUGAAUGAAGACGAUCCAUUGACAGGUACGGUUACAAAGGAUCAAAUGAUAACAAGAGCAAACUUGCAUAAAUUGUCAAACAAAUUAAGGGCAUCCAUAAACUUGAAACAAGAAUCUGACCUGUUUAUACCAUUAUAUGAGCCACCGAAUACUUCGAAUUGGGAACUGUCUGGAAUGUUAUGCAAGAUAUUCGAUACUGUAAACUCACUAUUCUCUCAAUCUAAUAUGGAUCAACGAAGAUCAAUGGAUUACUUGGCAGAAUGUAUUAAAGAUGGAGAUGAAGUGAGAAAUAUUGUUUCAAAUAUUACUUCAACGGACUGUACAGAUCUACAAUAUUCAUUUUAUCCAAGGGUAAAGCCAUUAAAAACAAGAAGAAAUGAUGAUAGUUUACACAUCUUCUCAAAGGCUUCAAUAACUCGAACAAUGGAAAUAAACCACAAGUCAAAUGACUUAAAAGAAUUAUUCACUUAUCCAUAUUCUCCUUCAGAUACAAUUCCUAUAGCGUUUAGGAAAGUUAGUGAAUUCACUGUUGAUCUAGAAUCAACAGAGGUUUGCAGAGACGUGUACCAACAAUGGCAUGAUAUAGUCUCCAAAUAUUUCAGACACGAUAGCGACAGAGAAGAAUUAAAAGAUGAACUAGCCACCGUUUCAUCAAAUUAUGAGUUCGGUUGGUACGAUGAUGAAGAUUCUGGUGAUGAUGACUACUGA